AUGAAGACGGUCUCUUGGAGUUCCAUUGUUCUCCUGGCCUUCUUCCUCGGUAUCCACCUUGGAGCUGCCACACAAGAAGGCGACAAGCCUUGCUGCCUCUAUUACAGCCACCAUGUGAUCCCGUGGAACUGGGUGCACUCCUAUGAGCUCGCCAAAGGCAGCUGUCCCCAAAAUCUCAUGGUAUUCACUACAAAAAGAGGUAAAUUCUGUGUGCAACCAAAGGCCAAGUGGGUGCAGACAUACAUUUCUUUGUUGGAAGCCCAGAAGCAUCUGUGA